CCUGCACCUAAUUCCGCAUGCAAUACCGAUCUGCAUUUGAAGCUUUUCCAUUUCUCUCUGGUCUGGUCUCUGUGCUGAGCUCUGAGCAGCCAUGUCUAAGCCUCACAUCCUCAUGUUCCCCCACCCUGCACAAGGCCAUCUUCUUCCUCUUCUCGAUCUCGCUCACCAGCUAGCUCUCAGAGCCUUCACCAUCACCAUCAUCGUCACUCCCAAAAACCUCCCCACCAUCCACCCUCUUCUCUCCGUCCACCCCGCCACCAUUCAGACCCUCCUUCUUCCUCUCCCUUCUCACCCCACUCUCCCUCCCGGCGUCGAAAACGUCCGAGACCUCGGCCAGAUGGGAAACACCCCCAUCAUCGCCGCUCUCUCCAAGCUUCAUGAUCCAAUCAUCCACUGGUUCAAGUCCCACCCUUCGCCGCCUGUUGCCAUCAUCUCCGACUUCUUCCUCGGCUGGACCCUCCGGCUCUCCCGCCAGCUGGGGAUUCCCAGAAUCGGUUUUUUCUCCUCCGGUGCGUUCUUGACCUCCGUCACCGACAUCUGCUGGAAGAAUCCUGAGGCCUUUCGAAAUCGGAAGGAAGUGGAAUUCUCUGAUAUUCCCGGAAAACCGUCUUUUAAGCAGGAGCAUCUUCCUUCUAUGUUUCUGGGAUACAAGGAAUCGGAUCCUGAUUGGGAGAUCGUAAAAGAGGGUUACUUGGCGAAUAUGGAGAGUUGGGGUUCCGUUUUCAAUAGCUUCCAUGCUCUCGAGGGUCCGUAUUUGGAUUAUCUGAGGACAGCAUUGGAACACCGUCGACGGGUUUUCGCGGUUGGCCCCUUGAGCUUGCUCGGACCCGACAACCGCACAGGUCGGGGAAACCCGAAUCAGGAGGCUAACUCCGAUGUUCUCAGCUGGCUUGAUGGGUGCCCCGAUGGUUCAGUGUUGUACGUGUGCUUCGGGAGCCAGAAGCUGCUCAAGAGAGAGCAAAUGGAGGCUCUAGCAGUCGGGUUGGAGAGAUCCGAGACUCGAUUCGUUUGGGUUGCGAAGCCGGUCACGACCCAGCAACAAAUGGAGGAAGGAUACGGGAUGGUCCCCGACGGGUUUGAGGAUCGGGUAAAGGGUCGGGGGUUCGUUGUAAAGGGUUGGGCGCCCCAAUUGGCAAUACUGAGUCAUCGAGCGGUUGGUGGGUUUCUGAGUCACUGUGGGUGGAACUCUGUGUUGGAGGCCAUGGUGGCCGGAGUUAUGAUUCUGGGGUGGCCCAUGGAUGCUGACCAGUUCGUGAAUGCGAAGCUAUUGGUGGAAGAUAAGGGUGUUGCGGCGACAGUGUGCGAGGGAGCGGAUUCAGUGCCCGACCCGGAUGAGUUGGGUCGGGUGAUAAGGAUGUCAAUGGGUGUGGAUAGUCCGGAAAAAGAAAGAGCAAAGCAGCUCAGUCGUGAAGCCCUCGGAUCGGUGACUGGCGAGGGAAGGUCCUCCAAAGAACUUGAUGACUUAGUGGAAGCAUUGAUUGAAUUAAAUGUUUCUAGAGUCAAGUAGACGUUGAAAUUUGAUUCAAAGAUUAAAAAAAGAAAGUAAAUGUUGGAAGAAAAAAUGUUCAGUAUUUUUAUUUCUAGCGAAUAAUAUAAUUUAAUUUUAUCGAUGUGUCUGAUUU